AUGUGGCUGCUGCAAGCUUAUUACCCAGAGCUCGGUAUAGGGACUAUUAUGGGCGUGGCGAUGGCUAGCGGCCUCUCUACCUCAAUGCUACUCGAGACAGCUCUACUUCGGCUGGGUCGGGAUGGCCUUUCAUGGUCUGCUGCAGCCAAGACUGCAGCGGGAAUGAGCUUCAUAUCCAUGCUCACCAUGGAGGCGGCACAGAAUGCGGUCGAUUACCACCUCACUGGUGGCACAGUUGCCUUCGAUUCUCCUGCAUUCUGGGCUGCCGCCGUUAUCUCUAUGUCUGCCGGCUUCCUUGCGCCUCUUCCCUAUAAUUAUCUACGACUCAAGAAAUACGAUGACCGUGACGUCUUGGAAUCAGUACAUGCUGGAGUUGCGCAACAAGACUCAGCUUACAUCUUGAUGUGGAGGGCAUGGAAACUAGGAACAUACUUGCACACCAGGAGACUUGGAGAGGUCGAGAACCACUUGAGGCCAAACUCUGAAGCCGAUGGUGGCCGAUGA